CUAACCGUGUGAAUAUCCCCUCCGAGGACCUCAGUGCCCGCAGGUGCCCAUAUUGUUCUCAAGUGUUUACUCGCAAGGAUACCCUGAUCAGGCAUAUCCAGCUGAAACGAUGCCCACAUCUUUCCGACCCGCAGCUUGUUCGGGCUCAGACGCCACCAUCGCUAUCAAUUUCAGAUCGACCAUUAUUGACAGCGGCAGUGACCAACACAUUGAGACGUGAUGUUCACUCCCGCGGACGAGCUGCCCAAGAAGCGAGAUGCGGGCGAGGCAGGAGUCGAGGGCAUCAACCUGAGCGCCAAGGGCACCGAGGUAGCGGGCAUCUCGAAGAAGGACCGACAGAUGACCAAACUACUGCUGCUGCGCGAAGACAACUUUCGAGGGACGGCGCGAGACCAGAACGUGGUUGUUCGGCUCCGAGUCUGCCCCCAGAUGCAGGUGGUGCUGGAGUCGAGCACGGCCUACUACCAGAAAGCCGGGAAAGAUGCCAAAGGCAAGGUCACGGCAGCCGACCUGCUCGGCCAGAAGCUCGACGACUAUCUCUGCAUGCUGCUGUUCAGAUUGAGCGUGGCCGUGGUGGCCAGGCCCGAGGAGGUGGUGAUGGUGGUGGCCGCGGCUGCCCACGGCACCAACCCUCAGGAAUCGGCCCCGGCGCUGAUGAUGCUGGUGGAGUUCGGGAUGCGCCCCAAGGGUCCCGAGGCGAGGAUCAAAGCGACGAGGUGUUUCGACGUGAAAGCCCCGACGACGAUCGACGGAGAGGAGGGAGAGGAAGCCAAGUGGAUAUUCGCCGUUAUGUCGCACCCCACGGUGAAGGCAGCGCCGUGUGUGCUCAAGGCCAACGGGGGGCGGAAGUACGUGAGUUUGCUUCCAGAGGACGACGAGGCUCCACGGUCCAAGACGGCCAAAGAGCUCGAGAAGUUGAUAUUCAAGUGAGGCGGGGACGGGUCCAACGGAUUGCCGAAGCGCCCGAAGAAGAAGUGAGACCCCGUGCAGGCCCCAGCUGAUCCCAGUCUUCUACAGUAGACCUGCGAAACUACUUCAAAGUUCGUGGGCCAGGCCCCGAGGGAGGCUAGCUCAGUUGUUUUCUUUGAUGAGGGCCCGCCUUUACACUAGAGGGUGUUCAGGCGGCCGCUCUCGUUGUGCCAUCCCCUCAGAGGAAGGGGUGCUCGAGCGCGGGGCCAUCGGUCUCGCGUGCGUGCUCGCUCCUCUGGCCCUCUGCCUCGUCGCUUUGCGUUUUCUCGAGGUUGCGCCGUGUUUACGGUUGGUUUUUGGACGGGCCCGACGCUAGACAUCCGAUCGAUUGUUCUAGGGUGUUGCGUUGGUUAAAAAGAAGGCCGGCGGA